AAAUAAAAAACCAAAAUCCAAAUCCAAAAAGGCACCCCUUUUCAUGUCCUAACCCUCCUAUAAAAACAAGAUGAAUCCAAUCACCAUCUUAAAAAGAAAAACUCCAGACAAAGCCAAUCAAUCACCCCCUUCCAUCAAUAUAGCCAUUUUUCUCAUCACCUCCACACAUAAACGCACACAAAAUGAACACCCAUUCUCUCAAACUUCUCCUAAUUCUACUCACAAUCACUUUCCCAUCAACCCAAUGUGAUGAUGAUCUUGUAGACCAAAUAUGCAAAAAAACACCCUUCUAUGACCUAUGUAUCUCCACCUUAAAAUCCAAUUCCAAUGGCAAAGACGUGAAAGGUUUAGCCAGUGUAAUGGCCGACACCAUGUUGUCUAACGCCACCGACACAUUGAGCUACAUCCGAGCCGAAAUAAACCGAACCCCAGAUCCUAAAAUUGAGAGGGCAUUAGCUUAUUGUGCCGAGCUUUAUAUACCGGUGGUGAAGUAUAAUCUUCCACAAGCCAUUGAUGCUUUGAGUAAAGGGCAGUUCGAGUUCGCCGCCGAUGGGAUAUCGGAUGCGGCUAAAGAAGCAGAUUCUUGUGAGAAGAUGAUUUCGUGGUCGCAGGAAUUGGCGGCGUUGAGUGAUCGGAAUAAGUUGAUUCAUAGCUUAUCUGAUGUGGCCGUCGCCAUUGUUAAGAUUUUGCUUAAAGGUUAAUGGACUUUGAAACUGUGGGGGAUUUUGGUGACGAAUUGCUUGUGUGUGUACUUUUUUUUUUUUUCUGGCUGUGAAUUUUUUUUAUUUAUUCUGUUUGGGGUUUGGGAGUGUUGUUGUAAUUUAAGUGUCGAGAAAAAAUUUCAACCGUAGAUUUAGCUAGCAUCUUUUAUUUUUCCUUUUUGGUUUAUUUACGAGUUUGGUCCUUUCACUUUACCAAGGUGGAAAAUUUGGCUUUUCUUUUUAAUUUAUUUGUUGGUAAGUUUGUAUUAA